AUGUUGUCUUUGCUUGUCUUGUGUGCGGCCACCGUACUGGCAUCUCCUCUGCAGCGUGCCGCAAAGCUCUCUCCGGUCACGCGUAACGGAAGUAGUUUGUUAGUUGACGGAAAGGUCUGGAAAGCAGUUGGUCCGAAUGUCUACUGGCUAGGCCUUGACGAGAAUGUCACGCCACCGGCAGGAGAGCCUUUCUAUGCUCCCACCAAGGCCAGCUACCCUACCAAGGAGCGUAUCACUGAAGUCAUGGCCACAGUUCAAGCCUUGGGGGGUACCAUGAUCCGUGGGCACACAUUAGGCGUCAGUGUUGGAAAUCCCCUGAGUGUGUGGCCCGAACCAGGGAAGGUCAAUGAACAGGCCUUUGACCCUAUAGACUGGGCCGUCUACCAGGCAGGUAUAUACGGCAUCAGGCUAUUGAUACCAUUGGUGGACAACUAUGAUUACUACCACGGAGGAAAAUACAACUUUCUUCGUUGGGGAGGCUUCGAUCUUAAUCAGGGGAGGGACGAGAACAACCCCCUAGUCCAGCAAUUCUACACUAACGCUACUAUUGUUGCGACCUUCAAGGAUUAUAUCAAGACGAUAAUCACCCAUAGGAACCAGUACACCAAUCUAACCUUCGCCGAGGACCCCACCAUAUUUGCAUACGAGACUGGGAACGAACUUCUCGGUCCUGUAUGGGGUGAUAUGAACUCACCGGCGGACUGGGUCCAGGACAUUGCGAAGUAUGUGAAGAGUCUUGCUCCCCAGAAGCUCGUAGUUGACGGGACGUAUGGCAUCAACAAAACCCACCUAAGCAUCGAAGAAGUAGACAUCUUCUCCGACCACAUGUAUCCUGUUGACACAGCCAAACUCCAAGAUGACAUCAAGGUCGUCGAAGCUGCAGGUAGGCCCUUCUUCGCGGGCGAGUAUGAUUGGGUAGGUGGAAAUACUGCCAACCUACAAUCGAUGUUCAAGAUUAUCGAAGAGAGCCCCGCUGCGGCCGGUGACACAUUCUGGAGCCAGUUUGGACACAAUGCCCCUGAUUGUACUGUUUACGUGGACCAUAGUGAUGGUCUCACCUUGCAGUAUGGUAACCCGAAAAAUACGGCGAAUCAGAACAGUCGAAUUCAACUCAUAAGGAAGCACUUCAUUGCUAUGAGCCAGGGCAAGGAGAUCGCACCUGAUGAAGCUUUACCGGUUGUGCCAUGUCCGGCACCCACAUCGCCAUCGGUCCGUUAG